AUGGAUCACAAAAGAAUCAAACUCGACGGUCAAUCAAAGAUGUCAUUCAGAAAGAGAGGUGAAGUUUUAGGUGGGCCAAAUCCACGAAUUCCAAAUGCUGUUCCAGGAAGAGGUGGUGCCCCAGUUACUGCACCAGGUAUACCUGGUAGAGCUCCAUUAGGUCCAAAUGUUCCAGGAAGAGUUCCACCACCAAGAGACAUAAGUGGUACACCAUUACCACCAAGAGGUGCAGGUAUCAAUCCAUUAAAAAGAACUGGGAUGGAGCCGGAUUUGUUAGCAAAUCAAGUGCAAAACUUAUCUGUUGAAGAAAUUGUUAAACAUCCAGGUGUUAGACCAUCUUCCAUCACAUCACAAGCAACGAUUUCCACUGGUAGUGCUGAUUUAGAUAAAAUUUUGGGUCAUCAAGGUCUCCCUGUUGGUAGCUCAUAUUUGCUUGAAGAAAGUGGUACCACUGAUUUCUCAAGUGUUCUAAUGAAAUCAUUUGCAAGUCAAGGUAUUGUUCAAAAUAGAUUAGAUCCAAAGAAUCCAAAUACUCAUGUCAUAGUUUUAAGUUCCAAUCAAGCUUGGGGGAAAGAACUUCCUGGUGUUUACAAAGGUAGCAGUAGAGAUAUAAAGAGAAAUAGAGUUAUUCAAAAUGAACAGAAACUUUCAGUUCAAAAUUUAUUAGACACAGGUGAUGCACCAAAACCAAGGGCCUCUUCUUCUUCCAAUAGUGAAAAGAAGGAUAACGAUUUGAGGAUUGCAUGGAGGUAUGGUCUUAAUGAUCCAAAGAAGCAACAAGCUACACCACUAGAUAAUGAGACCUACAAAGAUUUUAACCAUCAAUUUGAUAUAACAAGUCGUUUGGUACCUAGUCCAAAUGCCAAUGAAAUCACAUAUAUUCCAUUAGGUACAAGCUUCAAGCCUGUAAUUAAACAAUUAGAAACUACAAUUCAAAGACACAAAACUAAGAUUAUCAGACUUGUUAUCCCAUCAUUUUUAAAUCCAUCAAUGUAUCCACCACCAUUAGCAACAUCACAAGAAGCAUUACAAUUUGUUCAUUCCCUUAGAUCUUUGACCAGAAAAUAUUCCAAAACCCUUGCCAUUGCGAUGUCAAUCCCAUUAGAACUAUAUCCUCGUGAUUCAUUAUUGAUUAAGCAAAUUGAAAGCUUAUCAGAUGCUGUGUUCAAUUUAGAACCAUUUAACCAAGAAAUGUUGAAGUUCUUAGAAAAAGCAUACCAAAAUCAACCUACUAAAGUUCAACAUGGUCUUGUUCAUGUCUACAAAGUACCACAUUUAAGUGAAAAGGGACAAAUGUUGAUAAUGAAGAGUGAAUUUGCAUUCAAGAAUGGUAAAAAGAAGUUUGAAAUUGAAGAAUGGGGUAUUCCUGUGGAAGACGAAGGAGAACCUCAACAGACUACACAGAACAUUGAUUUCUAA